UUUCAUCAUUUCAAUGGCUCUCAGCUACUACACCAACUGGCCGGAAAAUAACACUGCCGGCGCCGUAGCCGGAGCCGCCAACUCUUAUCUUUUCCGGCCACCGUUGCCGGCGCCGGAGAUGUUUUCAUUUCAUGAGGAAUCAAUGUUUUUCGAUACCGGGAUUAACCCAAUAUUCGACCAAACUUACGACAACUUUUUUCCGGCCACCGUUGCCGGAAAUGUGUUCCACCCCUCGCCGGAGUUUCAAGAUCCUUACUCCAGUUUACCAUACUUGACUACUUUUAAUCAAGAGCAUGGUUUUCCGGUGGAACUGCCGCCGGUGCCGGAGAUCGGGACUUUUUCCGGUGGUGGUUGGUACGGUGGUGAUGGUGGUGGUGGUGGUGGUGUUGGGUUGCCGCCGUGGUAUGGUGAGGUGGAAGUGAAGAAACCGAAUGAAGGUGGCGGUGGAGGUGGAGGGAGCUUGUCGGCGCAGAGUAUGGCGGCGAGGGUUCGCCGGAGGAGGAUUAGCGAGAAGACGCAAGAGCUCGGGAAGCUGGUUCCCGGCGGCCACCGGAUGAAUACGGCGGAGAUGUUUCAAGCUGCUUAUAAGUACAUUAAGUUUUUGCAGGCUCAAAUUGGUGUUCUCAAACUCAUGCCCUCAAUUCCGGAAAGUGAAGAGGUUAUGAGUAAUGGAGAAAUGCAAGCUUUGGUGACUUGUACAUCAAUGCAAGAGAAGUUGUACACGGCAGAAAAGUGCAUUGGACCAAACACUUUGCAGAAAGCUAGCAAAUGAGAUUGAUUAUUAACUUUAGAGUUAAAACCAACAAUUAACUGCUUUUUCCCUUGAAAUUUUGCUAAUUAUGUGUCUAAUUUCUCUAAUUACCUUUCUAAUUUAGUAGAUUGAUUAGGUAAUUGUAUGUGAGUUUAGGGUUAAUUAUGUCCCCAAUU